UGUAUGUUACAAAUGAUGUCAAUAUCCGUUAAGAGUCUGUCAACUAUUGGAUCAACUCCGAAGAGUUCAAAUCAUGAUUCGGAAAUGGAGUUUCCACAAGAUUUUAGAUGCCCUAUAUCCAUGGAGCUCAUGAAAGAACCGGUCAUCAUCUCUACGGGGGUCACUUAUGAGCGAAAAAACAUCGAAAAAUGGUUCUUUAGCUACAACAAGAAGACUUGUCCAGCCACCAUGCAAAACAUAGUGAAUUUUGGUGUCACCCCUAAUUACACCCUCAAGAGACUCAUUCUUGUAUGGCAAAAUAGUCAUUCACCAUCUUCAUCUUCUUCAUCGUCGCCUUCAGAAUCGUUUAAGCGCGAUGAAAUAGUGUCAUUGCUCAAUACCCUAGCCUCAAGCCCAUUCAAGGUGAAGUCUCUAAAGAAACUUAAAGAAAUUAUUAAAAUAGGAGAUGAGAGGAAGCUUGAUUUCAUAAUAUUAGGAGGGUUGGAUGUGCUUUUCAAAUUAGUUGUUCAAGUAUUACUAGACUGCUCGGAUUUCGCGGUAUUCCAAGCUUGUGAGGAGGCUUUAGGAGUUCUUCAACAUUUUGUAGUAUCAGGAGAAGAUGAUGGUAAAGUAAUUGAACUAUUGUCACAACCUGAAUGCAUGAAGUCAAUGGUGAUUAUUCUUCAAAGGGGAAGUAAGGAAGCUAGGGUUUACGUGAUAUCGAUACUUAAAAAGCUAGCAAACUCUAGUUUCAAUUGGAAAGUCAUUGUAGAUGAUCAAGGUAUCGGUAUGUUCAAAUCCAUGUUGGAGCUUGCAUCCGAUGAGAUUUCAACGAAGGCGAGUUCGUCUGCUUUCGACCUAUUUAUAAAGAUCUUAGAUUCAUCGAAGAAAAGCCGAUCAAAGGCGAUAGAGGCCGGUGCGAUGUGUACCCUAAUUGAGUUGCUACCUGACGCCAACAAGUCCAAGUGUGAAAAGAUAUUGCAAAUAAUUAAACUAUUGUGCGAAUGCGUGGAUGGAAGGGUGGCAUUUACUGAGCACCGGUUAGCGACUGGUGCAGUAUCUCAAAAGAUGUUUGAUGUAUCGGAUAUGGCUUCAAAGAUUUGCGUGAAGAUUUUCUCGUUGAUAUGUAGUUUUCAUCCCACGGAGAAGGUUUUGGAGGAGAUGAUGGUCUAUGGGGUGGUCAAGAAACUUGUGGUGUUGUUACAUACGAGUGGACAGUCAUCUACGAAGAACAAAGUCGUGGAUAUGUUUAAAAAGCAUAGUAAUUUGUGGAGUCGUUACCCUUGUUUUCCUGACGAGUUGAAGGGAUACCUAUGUUUACAUCAUUAAUAAAUAAUUUAAAAGGGAAUAUAAUCACCUUUGGUAAGUAUAACUAUUGUCAUUUAUUGACACAACAAUAUAUAUAUUGUAUAAUAGUUUAGCAUAUUGAAACAUUUACAAUUGAUAUAUGUGUUGAAAACA